GAGGGCGGCGGAGAGCGCGGCGAGUACGCCUGCCUCAGCUACCGCUGGGGCGGCGACCAGUUCAAGACGCUGCGCGGCACGCUCGCCGAGCUGAUGACGACCGGGGUCGCGGUCGACCGGCUGUCCCGGACCGUCGCGGAUGCCGUCGAGGUCACGCGGCGCCUCGGGCUGCGCUACCUCUGGGUCGACGCGCUCUGUAUUGUACAAGACGACGACGCCGAUAAGGCGCGUGAGAUCGUCAAGAUGGACAUCAUCUACAAGAACGCCACCGUCACCAUCGCC